CAGAUCUGACACGUGGGCGGGGACCGAUGGACCGAUGGAUGGAUGGAUGGACCGAUGGAUGCACCGAUGGAUGGACCGAUGGAUGCACCGAUGGAUGGAUCGAUGGAUGGAUGGACCAACGGAUGGACCGAUGGAUGGAUGGACCAACGGAUGGACCAACGGAUGGACCGAUGGAUGGACCGAUGGAUGGAUAGACCGAUGGAUGGAUGGACCGAUGGAUGGACCGAUGGAUGGACCGAUGGAUGGAGCGAUGGAUGGAUGGACCGAUGGAUGGAUGGAUGGACCGAUGGACCGAUGGACGGAUGGAUGGAUGGAUGGACGGACAGAUGGAUGGACAGAUGGAUGGACGGACGGAUGGAUGGACGGACGGAUGGAUGGACGGACGGACGGACGGACAAACGGACGGACGGACGGAUGGACGGAUGGGCGGAUGGACGGAUGGACGGACGGACAGAGGGACGGACGGACGGACGGAUGGACGGACGGACGGACGGACGGACGGAUGGAUGGAUGGACGGACGGACGGAUGGACGGAUGGAUGGAUGGAUGGAUGAAUGGACGGAUGGACGGAUGGACGGAUGGAUGGAUGGAGGGACGGAUGGAUGGAUGGAGGGACAGAUGGAUGGAGGGAGGGACGGAUGGAUGGAACGAGGGACGGAUGAAUGGACGGAUGGAUGGAUGGACCGGAUGGAUGGAUGGAGGGACGGAUGGAGGGACAGAUGGAGGGACAGAUGGAUGGAGGGAGGGGCGGAUGGAUGGACGAAGGGACGGAUGGACAGACGGAUGGACGGAUCGACGGACGGACGGGCGGACAGAUGGAUGGACAAACGGAUGCAUGAACGGACGGACGGAUAGACGGAUGGACGGACGGAUGGACGGAUGGACGAAUGGAUGGAUGGAUGGACGGAUGGACGGAUGGAGGGAUGGAUGGAUCCCCAAAAUCACAAAUUUUGACCUAACUGCCGAAAAUCAAAAAUUUUCGGAAUUAUUUUCUUUUCCUUCCGAAAUUUCGUUGUUUAAAAAUCCGAAAUAUUUCCUUUCUCUUUCGGAAUAUUUGCGUGGAUUCGUUAUGUUUUUUGGGAUUCACACAUCACGGAAAUUCGAUUUACAUUUCUUCUCGCUAUUUCCCGUGAUUUCGAAAAUUCCGAUUUUUUUUUUGUUUUAGUCUAUUGGCUGCAAGGAAAAUGAACAGAAGCGAGAUGA